AUGUGGAACCCAGGAAAUAAGCCAGUUCCCCAGGAGUUCAUCGAUGUCCUUCUCGACGAAGAAGAAGAACUGGAUAUCGAUGAAGACCAUGGGGAACUGGAAGAAGAAUACGAUGCAGAGGAGAUACUUAACAUGCCGGUGUGCAUUGCGGAACCCGAUGGGUCUCUCUUUUACAUACCGGAAGAAGUGCAUGUACUUAAUAUUCCUGUGGGUACGGAGAAAGCCAGUGGGUCUCCGCAAUGCCCAACAGGAGAGGUGUCUGAAGAAGUACAUGUACUUAAUAUUCCUGUGGGUACGGAGAGAGCCGGUUGGUCUCCGCAAUGCACAACAGAAGAGGUGUCUGGAGAAGUACAUGUACUUGAUGUGCCUGCUCCAGAGCCUGCUCCAGAGGUGCCUGGAGAAGUGCAUGUACUUGAUGUGCCUGCUCCAGAGCCUGCUCCAGAGGUGCCUGGAGAAGUGCAUGUACUUGAUGUGCCUGCUCCAGAGCCUGCUCCAGAGGUGCCUGGAGAAGUGCAUGUACUUAAUGUGCCUGCUCCAGAGCCUGCUCCAGGCCCCUUUUUCACUGAGUUUAUAUCACCUCCUUUGCGUUUCGGUAUAACAAGAGAAGUUUUCCGAGCGCUGGGAAAGGUUCCAGAAAUAAGAGAUUUAUUAAUUAUCAAGGUCAGAGGUAAUGCUAGAGCACCACCACAUCUUACAGCAAAGAUAGAUGGUAUUCCAUCUGAGCCAGUGCCUUUAGUGGAGUCAAGUCUCUUUAAGACCAUAAAUACUUGGUCUUUAGUCACUGAAAUGCUAGUAAUAAAGUUAGAGGCGGGGGAUUUAUCUGCAUAG